GUGAAAAGCCCCUUCCUUUAGCCAGAAAUUCUAUCAAUCAGUUAACAUAUUGUAUAAUUAAAGUUUGUUUUCACAUUCUCUUCCCUCUCUCUCUAUAUAUACACAUCUUAUAUCUCAUAGAGUCAUAGCCUUCACAUAGAGAACCAUCUUGCCAAAGCAAGAAAUGGGUCUCAAUUGCACACCGAGUGUAGCAGUAGUGUUGAGCUUAUGUGCUCUGUUCUUAGUCAUUGAGUCUCAUCCAGCAUUAGGUUCGAACCGUGGUUCAUUCGGCCUAGCUACCGAUGAUGUCACUGCACCACCGGCCGGUAUCUGCUCCGGGGCGGUGAUUUUACAGGGUUACAAAUGCCAAGAGUUUGAUGUGAGAACAGAUGAUGGGUAUAUAUUAAGUGUGCAAAGAAUCCCUGAAGGUCGUGUAGGAGGUGCUGCGAAGAACAAACAACCAGUGCUAUUGCAACAUGGGGUUCUUGUGGAUGGAAUGACAUGGCUAUUGAGUUCUCCGGAUGAAUCCCUGGCAUUGAUCUUGGCUGACAGUGGCUUUGAUGUGUGGAUCGCUAAUACUAGAGGAACCAGAUUCAGCCGCAGACAUGUCACUCUUGAUCCCACUGAUCCUGAUUUUUGGAAUUGGACAUGGGAUGAUAUGGUGACCCACGACCUACCAACUGUUAUUGAUUUUGUGUUCAAACAAACCGGCAACAAGAUUCAUUAUGUUGGCCAUUCCAUGGGAACUUUGAUAGCAUUGGCAGCAUUCUCAGAAGGGAAGCAAAUAGACAAGGUGAAAGCAGCAGCCCUGUUAAGCCCAAUUGCUUACUUGAGCCACAUGACUACUGCACUUGGUGUUGUUGCAGCAAAAGCCUUUGUUGGCGAGAUCACUUCGCUCAUAGGUGUUGCAGAAUUCAAUCCCAAAGGUGAGCCAGUAGCCAACUUCCUCAAAGCUUUGUGUGCUGAUCCAGGUCUAAACUGUUAUGACUUACUAGGAGCACUAACAGGCAAAAAUUGCUGUCUCAAUGUCUCCACCGUGGAUCUCUUCCUGAAGAAUGAACCUCAAUCUACAGCAACCAAGAACAUGGUGCAUUUGGCUCAGACCGUUCGAGAUGGAGUUUUAAAAAAAUACGACUAUGGCAAUGAUAACUUCAACGUGGAGCAUUAUGGUGAAGCCAAGCCGCCUGUUUAUAACCUCUCUAACAUUCCCCACAACCUUCCCCUCUUCCUCAGCUAUGGAGGCCAAGAUGCGCUUUCUGAUGUUCGGGAUGUGGCCACCUUACUGGACAGUCUUAAACUACACGACGAAGACAAGCUAAGCGUUCAGUACAUCAAGGAUUAUGCUCAUGCAGAUUUCAUCAUGGGAGUAUCUGCCAAGGAUAUAGUUUACAACCAAAUUGUAGCAUUUUUCAAACGACAAAAUUAAUCACCGAUCAGCCUCUCAGUCUAAUGUAUUAGAACGGAUUUUUACCCGUUACAUGAUAUAAUGAAUCGUUAUCAAUUCAAUCUCA